AUGGCCCCCAAACGCCCAAACUUCCUCGUCGUUGUCGCCGAUGACCUCGGCUUCUCCGACGUGGGCUGUUUCGGCGGCGAGAUUCGCACUCCCAACAUCGACCAAAUCGCCAAGGAAGGCCUACGGUUCACUGAUUUCCACGCGGCAGCGGCAUGCUCUCCCACGCGCGCUAUGAUCAUGACAGGCACAGACCACCACAUCGCAGGGCUGGGUAACCUCAUCGAAUGGACCAACAUCUCCGGCCAGAACGGGCCCAAGGGUUCCGCCAUGAGCACAGCACCGCAACGUGGCAUGCCCGGGUACGAGGGGUACCUGAACGAGCGGGUUGUCGCCCUGCCGGAGCUGCUGCGCGAUGCCGGCUACCACACGGUGAUGUCGGGCAAAUGGCAUCUGGGCCUGACGCCGGAGAGGUCACCGCACAAGCGUGGGUUCGAGCGGUCGUUUGCCCACUUGCCGGCGUGCUCCAACCACUACGCGUACGAGCCACAGCUGCGAGACCAAGACCAGAUCCCCACGUUCAUUGAGGCCAGCUAUAUCGCGCUGCACAUGGAGGACAGCCAGUAUGUGCGCCGUCUGCCCGAGGGCUGGUACUCGUCCGACGGCUAUGGCGACAAGAUGGUGCAGUAUCUGCGCGAGUGGAAGGAGAGCGGUGGUAGUGCUGGGCCUGAUGGCGACGGGGACCGUCCCUUCUUUGGGUAUCUGCCCUUCACGGCGCCGCACUGGCCGCUGCAGGCGCCGCGCGAGUACAUCGACCAUUACCGCGGAGUAUACGACGAGGGUCCUGAUGUGCUGCGCCAGAAGCGACUGCAGCGCCUGAAGGAGCUGGGGAUGGUGCGCGAAGAUGUGGAGCCGCACCCGGUGGUCGCUGAGGAGGUCAAACCGUGGGAAGAGUACUCGCCCGAGGAGCAGAAGAUGUCUGCAACGGCGAUGGAGGUGUUUGCAGGCAUGGUGGAGUGCAUCGACGCCAACGUCGGCAAGGUCGUCGAGUACCUGCGGUCGAUCGACGAGCUGGACAACACCUUUGUGUGCUUCAUGUCGGACAACGGCGCCGAGGGUGCUGCCUACGAGGCGUACCCGAUGGUGCAGAAUGGGGUGAUGCCACACCUCCAGAAAUACUAUGACAACAGCCUGGAAAACCUGGGCAACGGCAACUCGUUCAUUUGGUACGGCCCGCGCUGGGCCCAAGCUGCCACCGCCCCGGGCCGUCUGUACAAGGCAUACACAACCGAGGGUGGCGUGCGCGUGCCCUUUACCUGCCGCUUCCCGUCCUCGAUCCCGCUGGCCCCAGGGGACGCCACCAGCGCACGCGGCGGCAUCACCGACCAAUUCGCCACCGUCAUGGACCUGGCGCCGUCGAUCCUGGAGAUGGCCGGCGUGCAGCACCCGGCGCCGACAUACCAGGGCCGCGAGGUAGUGCCGAUGCGCGGGCGCAGCAUGCACUCCUGGGCCGUCGGCACCGCCGAGCGCAUCCACCCGCGCGACUUCAUCCAGGGUUGGGAGACAUGCGGGCGGGCGGCGCUACGCUGCGCAGACUGGAAGAUCGUCUUCAUUCCCAAACCCAAGGGCCCUGAGCGCUGGCAACUCUACAACCUCGUCAAAGAUCCCGGCGAGAUCCACGAUCUGGCUGACGCCCACCCGGACAAACUCAACCAGCUCCUCAAACUCUGGGACCAGUAUGUUCUCGAGACCGGCGUCAUCCCGCUGUGUCCCGAUCUCGGCCAGUUCCUGGAAGCCACCGAAGCCCAGAUGCCUGAGAAUGCGUGGAUGGAGUUUGAUUACUGGAAGGAGGGCGCCCGCGAUCACCCGGAGAAGUUCUCGCGCCAGCCGCCUCAGUUUCAGCGUGUUGUCAAGCAGUUUUGA